UCUGUGCCCCGGGAAGGCCGCGGCCAUGCCGGGUAACGCCACCAGCCGCCCGCCCUUCUCGCCCCGUGCCGCGGCGCACCGCGCCGGCAGCGGCUUCGCCAUAGCAACGCCGCUAUUCUUGGGCGGAGGGCGGAAGGGAGGAAGCGCACGCUGAUGAUGCCGCGGGAGGUGAUUGGGGCUGGUACGGGUCCCGCUUUUUCUUACUGCAUCACACGCCAGUACCGGCGCUGCAGGGCCGACGAUGACGAUGAAGGUGAAGCUGUGCGGAGCGGGCUGCGGGCGGCUGGGGAUGCUGGUGGGGCUGGGCAGGAGCGGGGCCGCCGCCCUGGCGCUGCCGGGCUGCCUGCUCUACACGCGGACUGGCUCGGCGCCCCACCUCACCCACGACACCCUGCAGGAGGUCGCUGAUGUCCCGCCUGUGGCCCAGCUCACGCUGCCCACCAUGGCAGAACUUCAUGAGGUCCUGGAAGAAUAUAAAGAAGGAGCUGCAAAAUUCAUAGGUAUGCCAGACAAGGUGCUGUACUGCUCCCUUCUGGACCCUGUCACUUCCUGUCCAUCUGGCUACAACACAAAUAAGACGGUGUCUCUGUGGGGCAGCUCAGGGCGGAUGGAGAUGACAGCUUCCAAGUUCAUGGACAUCCAACGGGCCAUCCAGCCAGACUGGUUCCAGUGCAUCUCUGAUGGAGACACCAUUUCUGGGGAAGGAGGUAGUAAAAGGGCCAAGAAGUCUGUGGAUAGGUCGCUUUCCUUCCUGGAUGUGUGCCUUCAGCUGCUAGAAAAAUCACCGGAACUGCAAGGAAGUGUAAUGUUUGGAGCAGUUGAAGGUGGAGAUGUCUUGGAAGAGAGGCUCAGAUCAGCCAGAGAGACUGCCAAGCGACCUGUGGGUGGCUUUCUGCUAGAUGGCUUCCAGGGAUGUGCCAUGGCUAAGGAGACCAAGUUGAAACUGAUAGCUUCUGUCACAGCAGAGCUGCCACAGGAUAAGCCAAGAGUCAUCCACGGUAUUGGAAAACCAGAUGAGGUGCUUGAGUGCGUUGAAAGGGGAGUGGACAUUUUUGAGAGCUUCUUUCCAUUUCAAGUAACAGAACGAGGCUGUGCCUUGGUUUUCAGUUAUGACUACCAACCAGAUCCUGAAGUAGCAGCUUCAAAACAAAAUGGGGUCCAGGACCUGGAGAAGAAUGGUGUUGAAGAAGACCAGGAUGAAAUCUCCAAACCUGACCCAGAAAUGACACCAUUUGAGAUAUUUCUGAAGGACAAAAGAUACCAUGAUGAUUUUGGUCCUUUGCUGGAAGGAUGCACCUGUUACUGUUGCCAGAGGCAUACUCGUGCCUACAUCCAUCACCUCCUCGUGACCAACGAGCUGUUGGCUGGUGUCCUGCUCAUGAUGCACAACUUCCAGCACUAUUUCAGUUUCUUCAGUGCUAUACGGGAUGCCUUAAGAGACAAUAAACUGGAUCAGAUGAAAAAGGUUGUCUUCAGGCAGGCACUUCAAGCCCCACCAAAUGCAAAGCCAGGCCAGUGAGUCGAGAGAGGAUAGAGGAGUUUGCAGGUUACAUCCUUACCCAGUAGCACUUUGUAAGAUGGACUGCCAGCAGGGUUGCUUGGAUCUGUUAGUAGUAGAAUGCCUUCCUUCCUGGAGGGAAUUGAGGGAGAGAGACAUUUGAUGAAGAUCUCACUUCCUGAUGGGGAAAGCAGGUCUUAUUCAAAUGUCCCUUUUGGUUAGUUGACUUGGUGCAUUCUUGGAGUAUGGAAGAGCCUGAACAACUCACAAGACCAGUCUGGAUAGCUUUGCUUUUGGUUACUCCCUGUUGAUUUUCCAGGUUUGUCAUAGUUUAGGCCCAUCUAGGAGCAAAGGACCACGAUCAGCUGUAUGUACCAAGGACCUUUGGAACACCCUAAGGACAGGAAGGGCUCACUGGCCACUUAUGGUCCCAGGCAAAACAGACAAGACUGCUCACAUUGGGGAAGAAAACAGAAAUUAAUUUAAUCCACCACCAACCAAAAAACAUAAAAAACCACAAAGUGAGACAAGGAAGAACACGACCAGCCCUUUAAGACCACCUUCCCUCCCAUGCCUCCCCUCUUCCCAAACUCAGAGCCCUGGUCCCGGUGUCUUCAUCUCCCCCUCCCAUGAAUGGCUCAGGGUGCAGGGAAUGGGGGUUUCAGUCUAUCCUGUUCCAAAUGGUUCCUGCUGUUUGCCUUUCCUCAGGGAAAGUGGGCUCCGCACCAGUCCUCCCUGUACCUCUGUGGUGUUCCUCACACACACAGCAGCCUUGCACGGGCCACUCUCAUGUGCACUCAUCCCAAAGGCUGCAGCCCCUUUCUGCCUCUCAUGUGGGUCUGCUCUGUGGCUCACAGGCUCUCCAGCACGGCCUGGGCCACGGCCACCUCCUCACACAGUCUCCUGCCCGUCCGGGCGCACUCACACGGAGCUGCUGGUGGCUCUCAGUCCUGCCAUUGCCCUCCAUGGGUUGCAGGGGACCUGCGUUCUUGUCAUGGCUUGCAGAGGGGUCUCCAGUCUGGUGCUGCUCCUUCCUUCCUCCUUCUCUGACUGUGGGGUCCACAUGGUCACCUCCAUCUUAUGCUGCUCUUGCACCUCCUCCCAAGUACUUCAAACUCCCGUCCUUAAAUAGUGAUGGCAGAGGCGCCAGAAUUGCCCAGCGGGGCUGGAGGUGAGUCUGUCUCGGAGCCACCAGAUGUUGUGAGAACUACAGCUCCCUCACACUGUUACCAAUCAAAAAGCAAUCCCGUGACAUGUGGAAGGACAGAAUCGUUGAACUUGUGACUGAAAAAGAAGUAGGGCAUAUGCUUAAAAUUAAUUCAUCUGCCUGGAGACUCAGCAGCUGUUUGAGACUCUCAUUCCAUACCCAAUGGGUAUCACAGGUAAUGUUUUUGAUAGCAAAUCCUACCAUGUGGUUGUCCUAUUGUGCAGCUCUGUGAUGAGACAUCCUGCCUCUGUCUAACACUCUCUUCCUUGUAACUGUUGCCAGCAUCUUUGUCCCUUAAAAGAACUGACCAGAAGUGCUGCUGUGUUUGGCAGCACAAGUGACUGUAUCUGUACUUCUCUCUCGGGCUGCCUGUGGUGCAGAAUAUUCUCUGGGCCAGGUGGAGACCCUCUACCUCGACCUGGCCUUGGGAACCCCUGCCUCAGGAGUGCCAGUCUGUGACACUGGAGCCAGUAAGAAGAGGAAGUGUUUAAUCGAUGUCCUACUGUAGAGGGCUUUUUUGACUCUCUACCCUUUCACCUGUGUGGUCUAAAAUUUCUCUCCCACUUGAGGAUAAGGAAUGUACUGUUCUUUCCAGCGGCCCUAGCACUGGUCAAAGAGCAAGUUACACAACUUUCAGUGAGAGAGGGAGCUGUGGAAGAGAGAGAUGGGAGGAAAAGGCCUUUCAAAAAGAUUCUUGUGGCUCCUUGUUUUAAAAUAUGACUGAGCUAUGUCACAUUCCUCUUACUCCAGUGGGGCUUUUUUUUAUGCAGCGUACUUCAGAAUCCUGGAUUUAUUAAUUUUAUGUUA